GCAUAACUGUUGCGACCCCUGGCGUCACAUCAUAGACGAGUGACCCGUAGACUGCUAUAUAACUGGUGCUGUGUUUGUGUUUUUGACAUCACUUGAGAUUAGACGCAAAGAAAUGUCUUAAGAGGCAGACAUCACUUGAAUGGUAAUAAUCAGUGUUAUGGGCGACAGUCGACCCAAACAGCCGCACCACCCGUCGGACCUCCCGUUACCCGAACUCAUCGGUGCGUCCGAUAUAUUGACUGAAGAGCUGAGGAAAAAGCUGUGCAAACACCUGCCGGCCCGGGCGGAGGGCUACUCGUGGACACUGAUCUACUCGUCGGCCAAACACGGCUUCAGUCUGAAGACACUGUACAGAGAGAUGACUAAAUUCGAGUCACCCGUCCUUAUGGUCAUCGAGGAUACCUACGGAACGGUGUUCGGAGCGUUGAUUUCAUGCGCCCUCCGAGUCAGUGACCACUUCUACGGAACGGGCGAAACAUUUCUAUUCACGUUUGGGUCGGACUCGCGGCUACAGGUGUUCCCCUGGACUGGAGAGAACCUGUUCUUCGUGAAGGGCGACCAAAACAGCAUCUCAUUCGGCGCCGGAGACGGCAACUUUGGCCUCUGGCUGGACGGGGAUCUCUUCCACGGCCGCUCCCAUCCGUGCAAAACGUUCGGAAACACCAGUCUUUCCAUUGAAGAGGAUUUCGUAGUGAAAGGCAUCGAGUGUUGGGCUUUCGUUUGAGAACUAAUCCAUUCGUUAUUCAAAUGACCACUAAUUGUAAGACAAUAAGACAUAAGCAGACAAACCGUUUAGAGGAGUUCCUCAGCUCUUCUCAACGCAUUUCUUCGCAAACAAAUUCAUACCUCAAACGAAACGUUGGGAACAAAUGUCACACUCGUUGUCGUGGUUGUGGUAAAUGAAUGGAUAAUCCGCUGGAAAUCCGUAUAUAUUUUUCUAAUAGAUUCCAAACAAAACAAAACUAAUAUUAUAUUAAUUACUAUUACUAUUAGUUGUGAGACUAUUAACGAACUUAAGACAUGAUUUUUGUUGUUAAACUACUAGUCAUUAAUGUGUUGUUUAGAGAAACAUAUUGUUUCCGCCAAUUGUGUCGCGAAAUGUGUUGGAAUUUCAUGAGAAGUUAAAUGUGUUUGACAUCCGAUUGACUGACAAUUACCAGUGAUUUUAAGAGAACCUGAGAACCAAUCGCUUAAUACAAUCAAUACAUUCGGUGCUAAACCACGAAAACCGUUGAUUAUUAUAUGUUUUUAUGAUUUUCGCUGUUUUUUAACGAGAGUUUUGUUUGUUUUUUAUUUUAUUAUUUUUUGUGUCGAAAUUGAAA